GGGGGGGGGGUGGCGAGCCUGUGAGAAAAUGGAGGGACCCUCCGGCUCCGCAGAGGAAGGGGAGCUGCCCCUCCUCACUGUCAAGCACGAGCUGAAGAACGCAAAUUUGACAGGCCAUGCAGAGAAGGUGGGCAUCGAAAACUUCGAACUCUUGAAAGUUCUUGGAACAGGAGCUUAUGGAAAAGUAUUUCUAGUGAGGAAAAUGAGUGGUCAUGAUAAUGGAAAGCUGUAUGCCAUGAAAGUAUUGAAAAAAGCAACAAUAAUUCAAAAAGCCAAAACAACAGAGCACACAAGGACAGAACGACAAGUACUGGAACAUAUUAGGCAAUCACCAUUUUUGGUCACAUUGCACUAUGCUUUCCAGACAGACACAAAACUUCAUCUCAUUUUAGACUAUAUAAAUGGAGGAGAACUUUUUACUCACCUUUCCCAAAGAGAGAGAUUUACAGAAAAUGACGUGCAGAUAUACAUUGGAGAAAUUGUACUGGCUCUUGAACACCUGCACAAGUUGGGGAUUAUAUAUCGAGAUAUAAAACUUGAAAAUAUUCUACUUGAUUCUAAUGGCCACGUUGUGCUGACAGACUUUGGUCUGAGUAAGGAGUUUCUUACAGAUGAAAAUGAGAGAGCAUAUUCCUUUUGCGGAACUAUAGAAUACAUGGCUCCAGAUAUUGUCAGAGGAGGAGACACAGGACAUGACAAGGCUGUUGAUUGGUGGAGUCUUGGUGUUCUUAUGUAUGAGUUAUUAACUGGAGCAUCACCUUUUACAGUUGAUGGAGAGAAAAAUUCCCAAGCUGAGAUUUCUAGGAGAAUAUUAAAAAGUGAACCUCCGUAUCCCCAAGAAAUGAGUGCUUUAGCUAAAGAUGUAAUUCAGCGUCUUUUGAUGAAAGAUCCCAAGAAAAGGCUGGGCUGUGGUCCAGGUGAUGCUGAUGAAAUCAGACAACAUCCCUUCUUCCAGAAAAUAAACUGGGACGAUUUAGCUGCCAAAAAAAUACCAGCUCCGUUUAAACCAGUAAUCCGGGAUGAGUUGGACGUUAGUAACUUUGCAGAGGAGUUUACAGAAAUGGAUCCCACAUACUCUCCUGCAGCCACACCACAGACUUCAGAGAGAAUAUUUCAGGGAUAUUCUUUUGUUGCUCCUUCUAUCUUGUUUAAACGCAAUGCAGCCACAGUAGAUCCUGUUCAAUUUCAUAUGGGAGUUGAAAGACCUGGAGUUACAAAUAUUGCCAGAAGUGCUAUGACGAAGGACUCUCCAUUUUAUCAUCACUAUGAACUGGAUCUGAAAGAGAAACCACUGGGAGAAGGAAGUUUUUCCAUCUGUCGAAAGUGUUUACACAAGAAAACUAGCCAAGAAUAUGCAGUAAAAAUAAUUAGCAAAAGAAUGGAAGCCAACACCCAGAGGGAAAUAACAGCUUUGAAACUCUGUGAAGGACACCCCAAUGUAGUGAAGUUGCAUGAAGUUUAUCAUGAUCAGCUUCACACAUUUCUAGUAAUGGAACUGCUGAAGGGAGGAGAAUUGCUUGAACGCAUUCAGAAAAAGAAACACUUCAGUGAGACAGAAGCCAGUUAUAUCAUGCGCAAACUUGUUUCAGCUGUGAGCCACAUGCAUGAUGUAGGAGUCGUCCAUAGAGAUCUGAAACCUGAGAAUUUAUUGUUCACAGAUGAAAAUGAUAAUUCAGAAAUAAAAAUAAUUGAUUUUGGAUUUGCUCGGUUAAAACCACCUGAUAAUCAGCCUCUUAAGACUCCAUGUUUUACUCUUCAUUAUGCUGCUCCAGAGCUCUUGAAUCACAAUGGUUAUGACGAAUCCUGUGAUCUCUGGAGUUUGGGGGUCAUUUUGUAUACAAUGCUGUCAGGACAGGUACCCUUCCAGUCUCAAGACAAAGGUUUAACAUGCAUCAGUGCAUUGGAAAUUAUGAAGAAAAUUAAAAAGGGAGAAUUCUCCUUUGAAAGAGAAGCCUGGAAGAAUGUAUCUCAAGAAGCCAAAGAUUUGAUACAAGGACUUCUUACAGUGGAUCCAAAUAAAAGAAUUAAAAUGUCCAGCUUGAGAUAUAGUGAAUGGCUUCAAGAUGGGAGCCAGCUGUCAUCCAAUCCUCUAAUGACUCCUGAUAACUUAGGCUCUUCAGGAGCUGCUGUACAUACAUACGUCAAAGCAACCUUUCAUGCCUUUAACAAGUACAAAAGGGAAGGAUUUUGCCUCCAGAAUGUUGACAAGGCACCUCUUGCUAAAAGAAGGAAGAUGAAAAAGACAAGUACAAGCACAGAGACGCGUAGCAGUUCCAGUGAAAGUUCACAUUCUUCCUCCUCUCAUUCUCAUGGUAAAAUUACACCAACAAAAACCCUGCAGCCAACAAAUCCUGCAGACAGCAAUAACCCAGAAACCAUCUUCCAGUUCUCUGACUGA